GACGCGCGCGCGCAAGGUCAACCGGCAGUCCCAAACUGACAUCAUUCUCACCACCCUCUCUCUUUAGAUUUAUAUCAUUAACGGCACACACCUCCCGUAUCGUUAGCCCACCAUGUCUGAGAGCUUCAACGAAGACAUCAUCGAGGACUCUCCUGCCGCGCCCUCUGGUGAUGUCGAGAUGACCGAGAGUGGUGCUGUUGCCGAGGGCGCCAGCGCGGAGGACGCGCCCGCCAACAAGGACGAGCUCCCCUUUGCUGAGGAGUCGGCCGACUCGCCCCCUCCUCCUCGCGUCACCUUCCUGCAGUACCUUUCGAGCCCCAUCGUCACCUUGAUCGUCGGCACCGGAGACCAGGAGACCGUCCUCACGGCCCAUCAGUCCCUCCUCGUCCAGAGCCCCUGGUUCGCCGAGGCCUGCGCCGACUUUACCGAUGAUGGCAGCCCCCGCCAGCUCGAGCUCCCUAACGACGACAUCGACGCCAUGGGCUGCUUCCUCGAGUUUUUGUAUACAGGCGACUACUUCCCCAAAAAGGUUCCCGGCCAGCGCGCGCUCGAGAAGGACCCGUCGAUCCCCGAGGUCGACCUGACGGGCGAGCAGCUGCUCAAGCACGCGCGCGUCUACACGAUUGCCGAGAAGUUCGGCCUCACCAACCUCAAGAACCUGGCCUCGUCCAAGAUCCACUGCGUCAACUCGACGGCCAAGGGCGAGAUUGCGUACGCGCGCUACGUGUACGAGUUCACCUCCAAGGACGACACCACCAUUCGCGCGCCCGUGGCCAACUUUUGGGCGACGCGGUCGCAUACCCUCCGCGCCGAGGCCGAGGACGAGUUCAGGAACUUGUGCUUGGAGUUUCCCCAGUUCGGUUACGAUGUGCUUACCCGCGUCCUCGACGAGAAGCUCAAGCGCGAGCGCAACGAAAAGAUGCACCCCGGUACUGGCAGCGCUCGCAAGCGCCCCAGACACAGCAGCCAGGCUUAAGCGGCGACGCGAAUUAUCAUCAUCAUCUGAAGCCUGGAAUCGACUAUCGAUAUCAUCAGCCAACCUAUGGAAGAUAUCUAUUGGUGGGAGGACGACGCGUAGAAGGAGGACGGAGAGAGUAUGGGGAACGAGGGCGGGAAGAAAAAGACCGAGAUGGGUUGGUUUAUAUCACAACAGACACACACGAAAACGAAGUUUGGUUGCCGCGACAAAAGGAAUUCGCAAUGGCGGCGGCGGCGGCGUUGGCGUUGGCGCAGAUAGGGAACAAACAGACAAACCGAUAUCAGAAGGGGAGUAUCAUAUCAAAUUCAUCAACCAUCGGCUGUUUUCUUCGCUUCGUUCAACUAUCCAUUCCAUUGUUAUCUCGGCUAUCUGGGGUCUACCGCCGCUGAUAGGAAUCAAUGGGACUGCUUGGGUGUGACCUCGUCGGAUGGCGUCGCGUCUCGUUUUUGAGGUGUCUGGUUCACUUUCAUCGCCGCAUUGUACCAUCCAUCCAUAUUUACCAUUACCAUUACCAUUAACAAAGGUGAGAAGGGAAAUGACAUACUAUGCACGCUCUG